UCAGAGGGGGACACAGUUUGGAUUUUCUCCUUUCCUGAGACAUAGGAGUAACAGACUUGUUUUACAGUUGUGAUUAUUGCUGUCAUAUAGCUGGCACUGCUUGGGAGGAAAAGUGGACUUUUGCCUUGCGCAUGGUGAUUUAUUUGGACUGAGAUCAGAAUGGAGCAGAAUGGCACAGCUGUGAAACACGGUUUGGAGGGUGAUGCAGACCUACAGUUCCUGCUUGUCGGUGGGGAACUGGUCAAGGUUCGCUCAAGCUCCUGGCAGAGAAACCGCUUCUACAAACUGCAAGAAGACUGCAAGACCUUGUGGCAGGAAUCCCACAAAGCAUUCAAGAGAAAUCAGACUUUCUCCAUUGAUGACAUUGACUCAGUGCGCAAAGGCCGUCAGUCUGAGGGGUUUCAGAAACACACUGACCCCAGUGAUGAAGAGCGGUGCUUCUCCAUCAUCUUUAAGAACCCUGGGAAGAAUCUCGACCUGAUGGCAGCCAAUAGGGACGAAGCGAAACAAUGGGUCGGCGGCCUGGAGAAGAUUAUCAACAACAUGCAAAACCUCAACAGACAGCAGAAGAACGAGCACUGGCUCUUCAACUGCAUGCGGAAAGCAGACAAGAACGAGGACAACCGCAUGAACCUGAAGGAGCUGAAGCACUUCCUGCGACAGAUCAACAUUGAGGUGGACGACACCUACGCAGAUGAAAUUUUCAAGAAAUGUGACACGUCCAAAUCAGGCACUUUGGAAGGCUCGGAGAUCAAGCUUUUCUAUGACAUGCUGACCCAACGGCAGGAGAUAGAUGUGAUCUAUGGGAAGUACGCUCAAACAGAGGGUCUAAUGAGCGACAAGGACUUGCAGAGCUUCCUCCUGACCGAGCAGAGAGAGCCGGUGUCCGUGGAGUAUGCUCGCAAACUGAUCGAAAAAUUCGAGCCUGAUGCAACAGCAAAGCAAAAGAAGCACAUGACCAAAGACGGCUUCCUGAUGUACCUCCACCAGGAGGAGGGCUCCAUCUUCAACCCAGCCCACAAGCAGGUGUACCAGGACAUGAGCCAGCCUCUCAACCAAUACUACAUCUCAUCCUCUCACAACACAUACCUGAUGGAAGACCAGCUCAGAGGACCCAGCAGCACGGAAGCCUACAUACGAGCGCUGAUGAAGAGUUGUCGUUGUGUGGAACUUGACUGUUGGGAUGGGGCAAACGGAGAGCCUGUUAUUUACCAUGGCUACACGCUCACAUCCAAAGUGCUCUUCAGAGACGUCAUCAAAGCCAUUAAAGACUACGCCUUCAAAACAUCUGACUACCCAGUGAUCCUGUCCCUGGAGAAUCACUGCAGCGUGGACCAACAGAAGCUCAUGGCCCAUCACUUGAUCUCCAUCCUGGGUGAUGCUUUGGUCACAAAGCCUCUUGAGGGCACCAUGCCCACCAACCUCCCCUCACCUGAGGAGCUAAAGGGCAAGUUCCUUAUCAAGGGAAAACGCUCGAACAAACUGGAUGCUGCCUUCAACAAUAACAGCACCAUGGAGGAAGACACUGUGUCUGAGGAGGAUGAGGCUGCAGAUUGUAAAGAGAAUGGACAAAAAGCCAAACCCACAAAGAAUUCGAAGAUCAAGCUUGCCAAAGAGCUGUCAGACAUUGUUAUCUACUGCAAGAGUGUCCACUUUAAUGGUUUUGAACAUGCCAAAGACAAACAGACCUUCUACGAGAUGUCUUCCUUCAAGGAGACUAAAGCAUUCAACCUGGCUGAAACCUCAGCCACUGCCUUCAUCCAUCACAACAUGGACAAGCUCAGUAGGAUCUACCCCGCCGGCACCAGAACUGACUCCUCGAACUACAACCCCGUGCCCAUGUGGAACGUUGGUUGCCAGAUAGUGGCGCUCAACUUCCAGACUCCCUCCAAGGAGAUGCAUCUAAACCAGGGACGGUUUCUACCAAAUGGAGUAUGUGGCUACAUCCUGAAACCUGAAUUCCAGAGAAGCCUGUCCUCUCAGUUUGAUCCCAACAAACUUACCAGAGGGCCGUGGCUAAAUAAGAAGAUCUUUCAUGUCAUGGUGAUCUCAGCUCAACAGUUACCGAAACUCAACAAGGACAAACUGAAAUCCAUUGUGGACCCUCUGGUGAGAGUGGAGAUCCACGGCGUGUCAGCAGACAUCGCCAGCAUGGAGACACACUACAUUGAAGACAAUGGGUUCAACCCCAUGUGGAAUCAGAACUUCCAGUUUGAAAUCCAUGUCCCAGAGCUGGCCAUGGUGCAAUUUGUGGUGGAGGACUACGACACAACAUCGGGGAAUGAUCACAUCGGGCAUUACUGUCUACCGCUCACCAGUGUACAGAACGGGUAUCGACAUGUUCCGCUGCUCACCAAGAGAGGUGAUGUCAUCUGCUCUGCUGGCCUCUUUGUGCAUCUCAUGCUCCUGGACGCCUAGUAGGCUGGCUGUGUAUAGAAACCCUUCAUGCCAGCAGCAGCAUUUUUUUUUAAAACUGUAAAGGAAUUUGUCCAGUUUUAAAGCUCAGUAAUAUAACUCUGAUCAAAUAUUUCAGACGCCUCUUCGCGGAGAAAAGCGUUUGGUCAUCUGCCAAGCUAUAUCUGCUGACUCACAGUUGUCUGUAACACGUUUCUGUUGUUUCAGCUUUUUAAGAAAUGAGCCUUUGCUCAGCCAGGUUGGUAAGAGCUCUUGUAGAGUAACAAAGCCAGAAUGAAUGAAAAUGUGAAUGAAUAGGAGGUGAAUGAGCAGACUAGGAAAAUAUUUAAAGACAGGCAUUAUACCGUAUUUGUUGUAUUUGGGAGAAUAAUUGGAAGAGUAAAGUGUAAGUCUCAGCUUAAGAUAUAUUGGCUGUUAUUUCUAAAAAGUAUUUGCAUUUUAUAGGUUUCCUGAGGCUUUAAGAUAUUUUCCAUCAGGAUCAUACAGUUCGUGCUCAUGGAAACAUUGUUUUUGUCAAGCAACACAACAAGCACUCCUUUUUAAUUUUAUAUCCUUUUUCUUGUGACUAGAACAAAUCUUGAUUGUUGAUUGUUUUGAAAAUUGUCUCAUACCAUAAUUAUGUUUAUCACUGGAGUCUGUAGCAACUAUAUGUUUUGCCCAUUGAGAGAGAGCCACAUGUAUAGUAUGUAUGUGUCUGUGUGUAUGUGUUCAUUCAUUAUAAAUGCAGUGUCCUGCAGAUAAUGUUUGUCAAUGUGAUUUUCAUUUUUUUUCAGACUUAAAAUAUUUUAUAACUUCCUUUUUUUUGACUAUUGAUAUGAGGAACAUAUCAAGCAAUACACUGUACAUGACUUUGCUCUAAACAUAUUUAACUCAAUUAACUUUGUCAAACAUUUAAUGUCAAACAAACUCUAAUAGUUUAAAUCACACUCAAUUAUUUUCAUCAUCCAAUUAACUACAACAGUUUUUCUGUGACAAACUCAUGACUGUCAGUGCUUUCAGUAUGUCAUGUCACUUCUCUGCAUUUGCAGUAUUUCUCAAAUAAAACCAGGAGAGUUCCUGA